CUGCAUCAUUCUCUAUCGUCCAGCAUUGCGCCCUCCUGUGUCUUUAAGAGGUUGAACUUGAGGCUGAUUUAUGGUUUGCGAGUCCUGGCUCGUCUUCACUUGACUCAGCCCUGCGUGUGUGUUCGUGUCAGUGACACGGCAUAAAUGAUGAGUGCGGUCGGCGGCGGGGGCAGGAUCUUCAUCUGAAAGCAUGCAGGCUGUGGGGCGGCCGGGGCGGCCGCUGCGGGCCACCGUACCCGUGUGGAUGCUGCUGAGCGCGGCGGCGGGGGCCAGAGCGCAGGACGACGCCAUGGAGGAGCUGGUCACCGAGAAGGAGGCGGAGGAGAGUCACCGGCAGGACAGCGUCAACCUGCUGACGUUCAUCCUGCUGCUCACCCUCACCAUCCUCACCAUAUGGCUGUUCAAGCACCGGCGGGUCCGCUUCCUGCACGAAACCGGCCUGGCCAUGAUCUACGGUUUGCUGGUGGGUGUGAUUCUGCGUUACGGUAUUCCUGCCACCAGCUACCAUAACAAGACUCCCCCCAGCUGCAUGCUGCAGGAAGGACCUGUCAGCACCCUGCUGCUCAACAUCAGCGGCAGGAUCUUUGAGUACACCCUCAAAGGGCAAAUCAACUCCAGGGAGAUUCACAAUGUGGAGCAGAAUGAUAUGCUGCGCAAGGUGACUUUUGACCCCGAGGUUUUCUUCAACAUUUUACUUCCUCCGAUUAUUUUUCAUGCUGGCUACAGUCUGAAGAAGAGACACUUCUUCAGGAAUCUGGGCUCCAUCAUAACAUAUGCCUUUCUUGGCACUGCCAUCUCCUGCUUUGUUAUUGGGAAUCUGAUGUACGGCGUGGUGAAGCUGAUGCAGAUGGUUGGACAGCUGACUGACAAGUUCUAUUACACGGACUGCCUCUUCUUUGGCGCCAUCAUCUCUGCCACAGACCCGGUGACGGUGCUAGCCAUCUUUAAUGAGCUCCAUGCGGAUGGGGAUCUCUACGCUCUGCUAUUUGGAGAAAGUGUUAUGAACGACGCAGUGGCCAUUGUGCUCUCCUCGUCUAUUGUGGCGUACCAGCCUAGUGGUGCAAACACACACAUGUUCGAUGCCGCUGCAUUUUUCAAGUCGGUGGGUGUUUUCCUGGGUAUUUUCAGCGGCUCCUUUGUGAUGGGAGCGGCCACAGGAGUCGUCACCGUUCACGUCACUAAAUUCACUAAGCUGCACUACUUCCCUCUGCUGGAGACCGCCCUCUUUUUCCUCAUGUCCUGGAGCACCUUCCUGCUAGCUGAGGCUUGCGGAUUCACAGGUGUUGUAGCGGUGCUGUUUUGUGGCAUCACACAGGCUCACUAUACCUACAACAACCUCUCUGGGGAAUCCACAAAACGCACCAAGCAGCUCUUUGAAGUCCUUCACUUUCUGGCUGAGAACUUCAUCUUCUCCUACAUGGGCUUGGCUCUGUUCACCUUCCAGAAUCACAUUUUCAGCCCCAUCUUCAUCAUAGGAGCCUUUAUUUCAAUUUUCAUUGGAAGAGCUCUCAAUAUCUACCCACUGUCUUUUCUUCUCAACCUCGGCCGAAGGGACAAAAUCAGAGGGAACUUCCAGCACAUGAUGAUGUUUGCAGGUCUGCGGGGGGCGAUGGCGUUUGCCUUGGCUAUCCGGGACACUGCUACCCACGCUCGUCAGAUGAUGUUCACCACCACGUUGCUCAUUGUCUUCUUCACCGUCUGGGUGUUCGGUGGAGGAACUACACCCAUGCUGUCCUGGCUACACAUCAGGGUUGGAGUUGAUCCAGAUCAAGACAUGCAGUCCUCGGGAGACAGCUUCCAAGUCUUGCAGGGGGACGGCUCCCAGGGUGAAGGGCAGAGUAAAACCAAACAGGAGAGUGCGUGGCUCUUCAGGCUUUGGUACAACUUUGAUCACAAUUACCUUAAGCCCAUCCUGACACACAGCGGUCCGCCGCUCACCUCCACUCUGCCCAGCUACUGCGGCCCACUGGCCAGCUGUCUGACCAGUCCCCAGGCGUACGAGAAUCACGAGCAGCUGCGGGACCCCGACAGCGACCUGGGCCACAACGAUGCCGACCUGACCUUCAUGUUCGGCGACACCUCCAUCACGGCCAACGGCGCGUCCGGCAGCCGAGCGGACGCCGCCGGGGGGUCGGGUUGGAGUGCGAAUGGAAAAAGGAGCGGCAGCACGUCAGAGGAAGCAUUGGAGCGUGAGCUGGACUCCCGCGAGCAGGAGCUGCUGAGCCGUGGCACACGCCUGGUUUUCCCCAUGGAGGAUCAUGUCUGACUCUGCCCUCCCCCCCCCAUCCCCCACCCGCCUGCUUGAGCUGCCAACUUCUACCUGACCCCACUGCCCAUCCAGAUACCUUGUCCUCUGCUCUUUCUACUUCCAAGUGCCCAGUACUUCCACGAUGAGACAUUAUGAAGAGAUGGAAGUAGACAGGAGGAGUGGGGAGGGGGGGGGGCUGAGCUCCCUCUAGGCCAAGAGGCAGAGACCAGGGAACAUUUCAUCCUCAUCACAGAGAAGAUUUAUUCUCAAGGAUACUUCUAGAGUGUCACGACGGAAAGUUGUGCAAAAAAAUGUUACCCACAUGGUCGUACAGAUGGCACUUUGUGGCUCAGCCUGAGUGGUAAAGAAGUAGGAAAAACUCUCUCUCUCUCAUCACAUUCCACAAGUCCAUGCUGACGAAACGAUGAAUGGCAUUGAGAUGAAAGCUGUUUUUGUAAAUGCGUACCAUUCAUCUGAAUAUGGGGAAACGGUGGCGUGUGAGACGCACGUGAGACAGUGAAUGUGUUUCCUCCACAGCUGCCGGCCGUGGUGGAAGAAUGCUAGCAUGUAAAUAGCUUUGAUCCAGAACCGCUGGUUUUUAUGGUUCACACCAAGUUACUGUCUCAGAUAGUACGCGUGCAUGUUGUCUUGAGCCGGCCUGGAUCCUUUUCUGUGUUUUGGACUUUUUCUGUCGCUCAAAUAAGGGCCAGAUGUGUUUAACUUUUAAUGAUAAGAUUUCUCAUGAGAUAACGCUGAUAAUCACCAUACGGGAGAAGUAGGAUGUGCGGUCUGAUGCAGUUGACUCGCUGAGGUGAAGAGCACACCGUCGGGUUUUUGAAUCUUCUGCAGAAUAUAAUGUUGUUUAGAGCCGCUUCGGUUGAAUUAUAUUAAAACGACCCAUCAAAGAUGCUGGAACUGAUCCGAAUUUGACGGUUUCAUGUGAGAAAUUGGAUAAAGUUUGUUUUUAUUUUAAUUCAUCAGAUAAAUUGUUAAUCCAUGUCAACUUCACAUUUAACUGAGAAAACUGCACUGGGAAAAGCAGUGUUAAUAUUACCACAUUUAGGUCAGUCCACUUCCCCGUGACCCCGUGCAGGAUUAAACGGGUGUAGAAGAUGGAUGGAUGGAUGGAUGGAGGUCAGUCCACUUAUGCAACAGACUUUUAUUUAUGCUGUUAGUUUAGCUCCCUCCUUACUGUAUAUUGAGACAUUGGUAAUGAUGAAUUUAAACUGCCCUGUCCUGCGCCUGAGAGACGGAGCCUGCGAGUGGACGUUGGGUUCAGGUGGGGCACCAUUCACUCCUUUAAACAGAAAAAAGUCAAAUAUAAAACCCAAGGGAACCGUGUAGAGGAGUUAGCGUGAACACAAAAUGCCACUCUUGUUGCCUGCCUGCACUAGCUCCCGAGUUGCCUCACUUAUACCUUUUUUUUUCUUUUGUUCUUUUAAUUUUAAACUUCGGCUGCUAAACUUUGAGACUUGAGUGACCUGAAAUCCCAAAGGAAAGAGACCACUGACGACAAUCGAUGAAGAUAAGUGCUUGCAAAAGCACUUUUUAAGCCUCGAUUUAUAAGUAGACUCUACCACUACUUUUUUUUACACUCAUCCAAGUUAUAUUUUUUUUAUAUUGGUACAGUUAAACAAAUAAAUAAAGGUCAAAUAAGGGUACAACCUCCCAUUUAUUUCAACUAUCUGUGAAAGCGAUAAUACUUUGAGGUUAUGCACGUAAAUAAUGCUAAUUAUGAGUCAUCCAAGCUUGAGCAUGACCUGUCAGUCUCUGAAAACGUGACGUUUUAACAGACAAAAGAAACACAUAAUGGUGUGUUUUUUGGCUGUGAAGACGAUGAGAUUUUUGAUGUUUUUUGUUUGGGGGUCAAAUGAAAGCCUGUCUACUCAAAGCUUUGUACUGUAAACAAUAUAUAAUGAGAAGAUCAUGUUUUGCUCGACUACCUGAGGCUCAGAAACGUCAUAUUUCGCUCAUGCCGCUCGUAUUAACUGUCAUCAGACCACUGACCUUCAGUCUUUCUGCAAUUUGAUUUGCUUCACUUAUGAAAUUAUUGUUGUUCAUUAAGUUACUCUCUGGUGACCUUCUACACAGCUUGAUUACAAAACCCCAACAAUUUAAUACAAUUCAAGCCAGUGUCCUAUGUAGCUCCAAACUGAACUGGUCGUACUUGGACUGCCGUGCUGUUUUAGGGCUGACGAAGCUGCAUCCAGCUCUUUGGGCACAUAUCACUGAUGUUUGCUGCUUGUGAAGUAUUUCUGUUUAUUAUUAAGCCAAUGUGGCCCUGUUUUGACACCUGAAACACGUACUAUGUCCUCAUUUCCACAACUUGAAGUGUCUGUGUGAGUGGCACAACAGUCUGAGCUGAAUCUGAAGCGUUCACGCCAGAGUUACUUGUGCGUUUAUUUUGGUCACUGGGGACCUCCAAGAGGAAAUGAAUCUAGUUGUGUAAGCGCCGUGCUGGCUGUGUGCAUUUAAAGUUUGCUGGAGGAAAAGGCUCUCUGGCUGCUGUCAGUUUUUCUGUCUGAUGGAAAAGGAAGCACAUACGUGUCAUUUAACUAAAAAAAACAACCGCUUUUGCUUAUACCGUGCCUGAUAGAAAAUGUUGCACAGAAACCUUGUGCAAAGACUGAAUAGUGAAGUUGUUGCAUCUCAAGAUGAAGAGGACUGUGCUUAAGUGCUGUGAAUUUCCCCUCCAUCGCUGCCCCGCUGGCUGACAUGCAGUCGGACUGAAGCAACAUCACUGACAAUUUAACUGAAGGCGGCAGAUGAUUAAAUGAGCAGAGACUGGCACUUUACCUCGCACAGAGGACACUCGUGGGACUCUUAUAUAACCUUCAUGUGCACUCUGUCUUUCUCCAUGCUGCUGUACUGUCAGUUGUCUUGCUGGCUAUUUUAAAACUCUCUCUGUACCUGAGAAAUGUGAGAUGUAGCCUAUUUGUCAAUAUGUCCACCUGUGGUUUCUAGUUGCAACUGGCUGCCGGGUGCGUCACAGUUUGCAUGUGAUCAUGUAAAUAAAAAAUCUUCAAGUUCA